CAUCCCUACUGUGACUUGUCAAAUUUAUCAUUCCAAAUUAGAUAAAGUAAAAUUGCGUAUAGGUAUUGUUCCAAAUCUUAGUUCCUUUUUGUUUAAAGCAGUUCUCAAUAAUUGGUAAUUGGAUAUCCGUUCCGGAGAGCACUUGACGGCUUUUGGUCAAUUUGGCUAAGCAAAAAUACAUCACAGCCACAAUGCCAGCCGCUGGAAAUUGGUGCCAGAUUGAAAGUGACCCCGGAGUGUUUACACAGUUGAUAAAAGCGUUUGGUACGAAAGGGGUACAAGUUGAAGAAUUGUGGACUAUAGAUGGGGGUAUAUUUGAAAAUUUGAAACCCGUGCAUGGCUUAAUAUUCUUAUUUAAAUAUGUGCAAGAUAAUGAGCCACCUAAACCAGUUGUCACCGAUGAUCGGGUUAAUAAAAUAUACUUUGCCAAACAGGUUAUAAACAAUGCCUGUGCUACUCAAGCCAUCAUCAGUAUCUUACUGAAUUGCAACCAUCCAGAUGUAGAUUUAGGCCCCGAACUGACUCAGCUCAAGGAGUUCAGUAUGUGUUUUGAUCCGCAAAUGAGAGGUCUAACAUUAAGUAAUUCCAACACUAUACGUACAGCACAUAAUUCUAUGGUGCAGCUACCUCUGUUUGAAACUGACCCAGAUGCAGCUUCCAAGGAUGAGGAUGCUUAUCAUUUUAUUGGAUAUAUGGCAAUAGAUGGUAGAAUUUAUGAACUAGAUGGAUUACGCGAGGGGCCCAUUGACCAUGGCGAGGUAAAAGCAGAGGAGGAUUGGCUUGAUGCGGUCCGUCCAGUGAUUAUGCAACGGAUCAAUGCAUAUACUGAAGGUGAAAUACAUUUUAAUUUGAUGGCCGUUGUGUCUGAUAGGAAGAUGAUAUAUGAACGUCAAAUAGAUGAUUUAUUGGAAGCAAGUCAACUAAUCCCAAUGGAUAAUGAAUAUCUUGAAAAUGAAAUUCGCAAUCUCAAGAUGUUGAUUGAGUAUGAAGAUGAAAAAAUGGCAAAGUAUCAAGAUGAUAUGAUUAGAAGAAGACAUAAUUAUUUACCGUUUAUAAUAACUCUUCUAAAGAUUUUAGCUGAAGAGAAAAAGUUGAUGCGCGUGUAUCAGAAGGCUAAGGAGCGUGCAUCGAGGAAGGGUACGAAGAAAAUGAAAGUAUAACAGGAACAGUGGGGGGGCACGCGCGUAGCCCGCGUCCGCUCCUCCCGCAGAGUCUCCCAGUCCAGCCCCUCCCGAGUGCUACAAAAUAUAGAAGAUAUGCAGUAUUCUUUAGGUGAUUUAAAUGUAAUAUAUUCUGAACCUCAGGAGGCUACAGCAAGUUGUACGCAACAACCUGCCGAGCCUGAAGUAGUAUCACAGCCUCCGGUGGCAACCACCAGUUCAGUGGACACUGCUGCUAAAGACAGUUUUAGUGAUUUGUUAGACUCAGAUGACUUUUUAAAAGAUGGGUUCUACUCACAACACUUUUUAGGUGAUCACUUUUUAGAUGAUAACUUACUACCUGAAAAUUUAUUAAGUGAUACUCUAACUGGACAAGACUUGCUCGACACAAAUGUGUCUGAAGACAUUGAAACUGCAAAUCCAACUUUUCCUAAUUUUGAAGCAGAAUAAAGUGUAGUGA